AUGGCCGACACUCCUUUCGACCUAAUGUCUGGGGAAAAUCACGGGUCACAUGAGAACCAGGAGCUUUCAGCUGGUGAGCUUCAAAAUCUAGCUCACAUUCUAAGCCAACUCUCGAGUUUGCAGCCACAAAGCGCGAAAUCGAGCACCAAUCUGCUUGCGGAUCCAGCAAGUGUUUACUUUCUACAUCCAAGUGAGAAUCCUGGAGUUUCUAUUGUCCCAAUUGUGCUUAAUGCUAAGAACUACAAUUCUUGGUCAAGAGCUAUGAAAUUAGCGCUGAAAUCAAAGAAUAAGAUAGGCUUUGUUGAUGGAACCAUUGUGAAACCAGAUAAAAAUGAUCCUGCAUAUGUAGCAUGGGAUAAAUAUUUAUUGCUUGAUUUGAAGCAUAGGUAUUAUCAUGGAGACAGAUACAGGGUUGCUGAAUUAGAAGAAGAGAUGUAUGCUAUGAAACAAGGGAAUCUAAGCAUAACAAAUUAUUUUACCAAGUUGAAGGCUAUUUGGGAAGACAUUGACAGUUUCAAACCAGUUCCACAAUGCAAGGAAUGCUAUGAAAAAUGUGACUGUGGCUUAGGAACCAUGAGAGAUUAUCGAGAUGAAACUUAUGCAGUGAGAUUUUUAAGAGGAUUGAAUGAACAGUAUGGGACUGUGAGAUCCCAAAUCAUGCUGAUGAAGCCUCUUCCAGACAUCAAUAAAUUUUUUUCUCUAUUUAUUCAGCAAGAGAGACAGUUUAAUGGAUCAGAUUUGGAGACUCAGAACUUUACAGCUUUGGCCAAUUCAAUUCAUAAUUUCAACAAUAAUUCAAGCAGUGUUUCUAGAGGAAGAGGACGAGGAACCCGUGGAGGUAGAGGUGGAAGAGGAGGAAGAAAUUCAGCACCUAAGACAUGUUCUUAUUGUCACAAGGCAGGGCAUCUUGUGGAUACUUGUUACCACAAACAUGGAUUUCCACCUCAUCUACAGAGGCAGAAAUGGCCACGAGAGACUAGCAACGGAGCUAUGGCUAAUCUAAUUAUUGCUGGAAUUGAAGAGAGCAGUACCAACAAUAUCAAGCAGGACAAGGAAGCUGAUGGUCAAUCCCAAUUCAAUCAGAGUUUGAGAGAUGCACUGAUUACCUUUCUUCGGCAGGAGUGUGCACAGUCAUCUCAAGGAGCAAGUGUGAGAGAUGUCAAUCAAUCAAAUGCAGGAAGUGGAGGUAUACCUUUAGAGACUUAUGCACUUUGCAUGAGCUCUCAUAUUGCACGAUUAUUACAUAUUAGGCCGAUUCUGGUAAAAUUACCAGAUGGAACACACACAACUGCAACUAUAAGUGGAAUUGUGGGUAUAGUGCAUCAAACAUCAUGUGUUGAGACACCUCAACAAAAUGAUGCAUUUCAUCCAUCUCAUGUAAAUAUUGAUUCUUUUCAUGAUCCUAGGGACCCUACCUCACUCACUGAUUCACAUGUAGUUUCUACUAGUCCACCAAAUAAUGCAUCAUCUAAUUCUCAUUCAAAUGACAACAUGCAUCAUCAGGAUCUUAGAAGUUCAACUCGAAGCUCUAGUAACCAAUCAUGUUCUAAGCGGUACGGUCUAUCUCACAUGGUGGAUUAUGGGAAGCUAUCCCCUGCCCAUAGAGCCUUUUCCCUAGCAAUAACCACAACAGUUGAACCGAAGACUUAUGAACAAGCUCGCCUCAUUGGAUGCAAGCGGGUUUUUAAAGUGAAGUUUCACCCAGAUGGUAGUGUUGAAUGCCACAAAGCACGUCUUGUGGCUCAAGGUUUUCGUCAAAGAAUUGGCUAUGAUUACUUUGAUACAUUCAGUCCGCAACAUGGCUUUAUCAAGUCUCCUCAUGAUCACUCUUUGUUCACCAAGCACACUAACCUCGGCUUGACUAUUAAUAUUGUUUAUGUUGAUGAUCUUAUUUUAUCUGGAGAUAAUCUAUUUGAAAUUGAAGCUAUUAAAAAGGCUCUUGAUGCUGAAUUUAGUAUUAAGGACUUAGGCCGGUUGAAAUUUUUUCUUGGAAUAGAAGUUGCUUGUAGUUCUGAAGGGAUUGCUUUGUAUCAACGUAAGUACACUCUUGAUUUGCUUGAGGAAUAUGUUGGAAAGCUCAGCCAAUUUUUGGAUUGUGCAACUGAUGACCAUUACAAGGCAGCACUACAUGUUCUUCGAUACAUCAAGAAAUCUCCUUCUAAGGGUCUUUUCUUCUCUUCAAAUAAUGAUCUCAAAUUGACUGGUUAUAUUGAUUCAGAUUGGGCAACUUGUUCCGAUACCCGUCGAUCAAUAACUGGGUAUUGUUUUUUCUUAGGUUCUUUAUUAGUAUCUUGGAAGAGUAAGAAGCAAACAACUGUAGCAUGUUCUCCCUCAGAAGCUGAAUAUCGUGCCAUGGCACAAGCAACUCGGGAAGGUCAAUGGCUUCUUUAUCUUCUUAAUGACUACCAUGUAUCUCAUCCUUACCCAAUCAAUCUCUAUUGUGACAAUCAAUCUGCGCUGUACAUUGCAGCUAAUCCGAUUUUUCACGAAAGAACCAAGCACAUUGAAGUAGAUUGUCACAUUGUUCGUGAAAAGUCUCAAGCAGGGGUGCUGAAAUUGCUACCUAUUAAAUCAGCUCAUCAAACGGCUAAUUUACUUACUAAAGCGUUAUCACCGGGUGUCUUCGAACCUUUACUUUUCAAGUUGGGCAUGCUUGACUUACACGCCCCACUUGAGGGAGGAUAUUCUGAUGAUAAGAGGAUAAAUGUUUCAACAAGCCUUAAUUCAAGGGAGGAUGAUAAUAAUGUUGCUGAACUUGCAACUAAUUCAAUCAGUUUCAACUUGAGGGAGGAUGUUGGAGAUGAUAUUAAGAUGGUAUCUAAUGGCUCACAAAAGCAAGCUGUAACUGAUUAUGGUUGA